UUGGUUCUAUUGUUGGAUUCAGUUUUGAAAUAAAAUUUUGCAUUAGAUUUCUUUGCUUUAUCAUAUUUGUAUGACACUAUAAUACAGUCGGUUAUUUUGCAAAAUUGAAUGUGCUGAUUCACCUGUGAAGCGAAUGUUUCUCAAAAAAUUGAUGAAUGAGUAAAUUGUAAUUGUUUACUUAUUUGGUUUGACAGCUAAACGUUAUUAAGAUGUACGAAGAAGCAGAAUUUUCGGGCUCUGAGUGCUCGAGUCAGGGUCCUUCAUCCUCAAAUGGGUCUACGUCUGAUUUUAGUGAUUCAAUCAAAUCAUUACACGAACAAUUUGAGCAAACAGUGAUCGCAUCAGAAGUUCUAAGCCUGCCUAAAGGCUUGUGCGAGAAUAGGACUCUCUUCGAAGAAUUUUUUUCACUAGAGACCUGGAACAGCCUUCCUGAUCCUGUGCAAAAACAUCUGUGUUCUUUUCUGCCUAUGUUUACCGAUAAUAUUGCGUUGGAGAGGAACAAUACAAUUGAGGCGCUGUUCAGAAAUCAAAUAACACGAUUUGGUUUAUGUCCGCUAGCCAAAUUGCAGAAGAGAAUCGAAGAAGGAAACUGUAGACCCGAAAUAUUGAUGUUGAAAAAAAGUGUGGCAAAAGCGGAACGACGAGAACGACGCUUCCAAGAAUGUGAACAAUUAGAACAGUUAGCUAAUAAAUUGAUUGCUUCUCGCGAGUGUUUGUUGCAAAAGAAAAUUCAUAAUUUGCAACAAGCAAAAACACAUGCUAGAUCUAAUUUACGUUGUUCCUCACGUCGUUCAGUAGUGAAUUUGAAUCGAGCCAAGAGAAGAUACUUUCAGGAGAUAGCAUCAAUUUCUGAACAGUUAGGAAUACCAAGCUCAUUAUCUGACGAUGAAAAUUAUGUUGAUGUUCAAAAUCAUCCAUCGCGAAAACAACGACGAAUAUGUAAUGCAACACAGUUCUUGCAGGCAGGAAGUCCAAAUUCCGAAGCGGAUGCUCGCAUAAUGAAUACUAUGGACUGGAAAGGAAUCGCAAACUACGUGAUUGGACCUAAUGGGAAAAUAAUUAUUUCUGAUCGGCAUUAUUAUAAUAUCCUGGUACAACAUAAGCGCAGAAAAAUUGAAGAACCGGCUCACCCAGAGUUAUAUUGUCAGGAACAGAAGUUGAAAGACAUCGUUUUCCGCACCCAAGCGUCAUCUGGCUAUCGCCGCAUUAUGCCUCUAAUGAAAAUAAAUAGUUCAAAUGGACUUCCACUGUAUGAAAAAAGUAAAUCGAAAUACUUGAGUAAGACACAGUUAAAUUCAGAAGGAUCGAUGAUUACUAACAGCGUUGAGCUAGUCAAACGUACAACCCACUCUAGCACUGAUCUCUCUAGUCUAGAUGAUUCCCUAAUGUUAGAGAACGGAUGUGAAUCAUCUCAAUUAGGUGGCGAACAAGAAUCAUACAUCAACAAUUAUUUUUCAAGUUAUGACGACGUAGAUAAAACCAUACGCGAAGAUUGUAUCCUUCCGAUUAAAUAUGAAAACGAAAAAUCUGGUGUAAAUAUCGCCGUGGGGCUAGAACCGAAAACCAUGGAUGAUUCUGAAUCGAAAGAAAAUUUUCUAGAACAAAAUCUCAGUAUCAGCGAGAAUACAACAUUUUCUCCUACUGAUAAAAUAAAACAAGUUGAAAAAAGGGAGACUAAUUUUCUCGCUGAGGAAAGAAAUUAUGACCGCUGCGAGGAACUAGAUAUGUUGGAGCUGAAGGAUGAAAGCAUCGAUCGGAGCACAGAAAUCAGUUUAAAUGUGAGCAAAAAUAAAACGCUACCACCAUCAUCUCAGGAAACUUACAAUAUAUCAAUGUCAGAAUUGAUGCAAGAGACACAUAAUUGCUUCCUGUCGCUAGUAAGAGAUAUGUUUUGUUCGACUCCCGAUCAUCGAUUGACAAUAGAAGAACUUAAAAUUAAACUCAACAUGUGGCUAAAGACUCCCAUAUCCGCACUGAACGAUUGGUACAAUCAGGCAGAAGAUAAAUGGGAUAAUAUGUUAUACUCAGCCAUACUGUUUCUGUCUGGAGAGUUUAGUGAUCAACCUGAUGAUUUUGUUCCGUAUAUUGAAUACAAAAUACAACUGAAUAUUUAUCAAUGGAUAGGAGCAUCAAGAGAUUCAGAUCAUCGAUUGUUGGAUCUUUGUCAGUAUUGGCUCGGGCGGAAAGAUGAUAUGGGCAUGAAAUCCCUUUCUAGACCACCAAAAAUAAGCUCUAAGCAAAAGAAUAUGACCGUAUAUAACAUGAGCUGCUUUGAUGAUGACGACAGAUCAUCUGAACGAACUAUUUCACCCCCUCCCCCUCGAUACCCAACAGAUUGGUCUGUACGAAAAGCGACCGAUGAAGAAAUACGAGCAUUCCGAGAACAAGAAAAACAUCGAUACGAAAAUCCACAUAUGGCUUUCACUUACAAACAACAUUCAUAUGAUAGUGUAGUAGGUCCCGUCAAAGGCAUUUAUACCCAAGUGCCAGGUAUAUCAAAAGCCCGUGGACACAAUAUGUUGGUUGCAGAUAGACCUAAUUUCGUGACAAUUUUGACUCUUGUAAGAGAUGCCACGGCCAGACUUCCAAAUGGUGAAGGUACGAGAGCAGAUAUCUGCGAAUUACUUAAAUCAUCUCAAUAUAUAUCUCAAACUGCAACUGAUCAAGUUCUGCAAACCAUUGUAAGUGGAGCUCUGGAUCGUAUGCAUACUGAGCAUGACCCUUGUGUGAAAUAUGACACGAAGCGAAAAAUUUGGAUAUAUCUACAUCGCAAUCGGUCAAAGGAGGAGUUUGAAAGACUUCAUCAGCAAUACCAAGGAAUUUCGAAGCAUAAAAAACCUGUUUGUAGGAAAAGUAAAUCGAAAGAAAUUGGUACCUCAAACAGAACAUCACCAGCUGCCAAUAUCAAAAGCACUUCUUUGGAAAGUGAAAGUGUCCAUUCCGAUUCAAAUACGGAAUGCAGUAACAGUACCUUGUUCAAACAUGAUAUCGCAGAAUCAAUUUCCCCGAAUGCGAUACUUCCAGAUCUUUCUAACAUAAAUAACAAUGCUUCUACAAACAGAAAUGAAACGUCUCAGUCUCUUGGACGUCUCUUGGACGCAGAACGUGGAACUUCAGCUGUAUCGGACGAGAUUCCAGAAGAUUGUUUUAAAAUAUCUGCAUGUGUUGCAUCACUUAGAAAACCAAUGGCAGACAAUUCAUCAGGCAAAAUUUCAUCCGUAAACUUUGCAAAUACCCAACCACGUAUUAAUGAUAGAACGAAGAAUCAUACAAACACACAAGGAGUCAUUGAUAUCGAGAGUCAAUCAAUGCAAUCGACGUUAAAAAAGAAUAACCUUGCUAUAACCACCAAACCUGCCACAAUAAGUACUCCUUCUUCUGUGUCGAAUAUCGAAAAUCUUAUCAGUGUAUCACCGUUGCAAAUUUCCACAUCCACUGGACGAGGCGAUAUGGACCGCAUGAUACACAAUUUCAUAAUGCCAGUUGCAAUAAAUGUGGAAAAAUCGCCACAGGCAAAACCAUUGGACACAAUGCACCCCAGUGCUUCGAAGAAUGCACCAGUUAUCAACGCUCAACAGACAACAAUAUACACAGUAAACAAAUCCCUACUUCAAACGAAAGGCAUCGUGCCGUUGUCAUCGCAGUCAGCAAACGACCGAUGCCUUAUUAAAACAGAAACAUUCUUGUCGAAACUAGGUAAUCAUCAAAAGGUAACUGAAGGUGAAAACAGAAAUAGUCCAGCGACAAAAAUUGCUGGAUCGGUUAUCGCCAAACCCGACAUUGGAAUGAACACAACAGAUAUGACAAAUACUAUCACUUUACACAAAGGACAACAAUCAGCGCUUACUCCAGCGCAACAGAAACAAAUUUUACAAAACUUGCUAGCACAGCAGCAUAAACCGAUUCAGUUCCCUAAAUCGAUAGUUACGGAACAACAGGGUAAUUCAAUUUCUGUGGCGAGCUCUUGUUCAUCGAUUAGCAAAAUGCAGAAACAGCCAGCAUUAACAUUGGCAGCAACAACAACAAUGACACGUACUAAUGCAAAACCUCAAUCAGUUAGACCAGGUAUCAAUGUUCCCCAUAUGGUGCAAAUAAAAUCAUCAAAUACCAUACUUGGCGCUCCCAGUAUAACUAAAGUUCAUUCAAGAACGGCAUCGGACGAAUUGAAAUCUCUACAAAAAAAUACUUCGCUUGUUAAUAAAUCGACGAAUUUAUUUAUGAAAAGUGAUAUUUCAGAAGAUACUGCUUCUGAGAAAAAUUCUAAGAUAAAUCUCAUAGCAGAACCAAUGAAAUCUACGGCCGUCUUCAUACAAACGUCAAUGGCAAAUAAUACAGUGACUCGAAUGCUCAAGUCGGUCCCAUCUGUAAUUCAUCCAGCUAAUAACAUCAUACGCACAACUAUCAAUUCGACUAGCAUGAACCAUGUUCCUGUGAACUCUAAAGUAAUAAAAAAGAUACCCGAAAAUCAAAUGAUAUCGCUCGAAAAUUUGGUAACCCGUGAUCAAAUAGCGGACGCCACACUACAGGUUGCAGAACCAAAAGCAACGAAGACCCAGCUGGUACACUUAUCCGGAAGUUGUCCUUCCGUUUCAUCGGUAGCACAGUAUCAAGUUGUAUCAACAAAUCGCAAUAUUGUUACUGUCGCACAAUCUCCAACAGAGCGUACCACACAGACCAUAAUUACAACAACAGCGAAUAAUAUUGUAGAUACUGAACACAUCCUGAACGCGGAUCAUAGCUCGAUCUUCAGCGGAAACAACAUUCAAAUUAAAACAUCAACACGUCAACAUGGGCACAGCUCCAGCAAAAAUACGAUGCAGGCGAAUGCAAUACAAGCACAACAGAAUCAGCUGCAGCAGACGGUUCAGCAUCAACAACAGCCUAGAAUUCAACAAGCGUUUUCUAAACUCACAGCGACGCCAAUUGAAUUGCCUACGAAUGGUAAAAAAGCAACGAGUUUCAUCAAUUCUUCGCCAAUCAAUGUUGCAACAUUUGGAGGAGGUCCAUUAAUCAUUGCGAAUAAGUCAGUAGUCCAUUCAGACCCUAAGCAACAGGGCAGUACUAACAUAGCGAUCCAAGAUGCAGUAGCGACUAAUAUUCCGAACAUUGUCUACGGAAGAACUAUUGUGAAGGAACAAGGAAACAGCGCAUCUCAGGAUCAUGUUGCUAUACCCAUCGGACAACCUAUUAGCAGCUCUCCAGCUCGAAAACUUAUUCUUGGCAAUCAAUUUGUCAAAGUGCGAACGAUAUCUAAACAACAAGACCAGAUAACAUUUACACAAGAUUCUAGAUGCGAUACAGACAUUAGUCAUCCAGUAUCGAAUGUCACUGUUAGUGUAUCCAAUGACAUGUUGAAAGGAAUUAACAAGACUACUAAUGAAACUCGUAUGGAAUCAUCUCUUAAACCCGCAGUCUGUAAAUCGUCAAAUGUAGCGACUGCGUUGAAGACAGCCUCGAGAGUUGGCAUUCGCUUAAAUCAAAACAUGCAACGGGUGGUGAUAGCGGCUCACAGAGGACAAUUAGUUACGCAGCAGAUAUUGGUACCACAAAGUUUUCAAGGAGGAGCAUUGAACAUCAAGCGUUUGAAGGUUAUUCCUUUUAAUAACCCACAAAACAAAGCCUCAUAGCCAACUGGCUAUUAUAUGAAGCCAGUUCAAUAGAAAUUAUAAUGGAACACCUCGGGGACACUUUAGUAUCCCAAGGUAAAUAUGAAUUUAAGGUACUUAUAGAUACAACACAAAUAGAAGAAGAGCUAGUAUACCUCAGGAAAACAUCCAAAAAUUGGUAUAUAACAUGUAAUAAACUGGCAACAUUUUUAGUUAAGUUACAAUGCACACCAAUCUACGAAGAACAAGAAACUGCAAGGAUUGAAUUAAUCGGCACACAGAAAUUUAUUAAAUCAUUCUUUAGAAACCAACGUUCUAAAAGAUCAUGGAGAUUUUGGAAUGAUAUGGAUUCAGAAGACAGAAUACGAAUUGAUAAAAACCUAGACAAACUUAGACAUAAUGAAGAAGAAGAGAAAAACACAUUGAAUUACCAGACUUCAGCACUAGACGAAAUGUAUAAAUUCAUAAACAAUUCGAUAUCAUCAGUAGACGAGGAAACUAUUAAAUUGACAAACAAAUUUCAGAAUCUUAAAGAAGAAGUAUGGCAAGAUUCGCUUUUUGUGAACAAUAUAACCAGUAAAAUGUACUUAGAAACAGGGCUAAUGGGAGUAAAUUUCUGGAUUGAAACCUUGUCGUCAAGCAUUAAAUCCAAACAACAAAAUAUUUUGAAUAUACUGUUAAAAGACAACAAAAAUCUUAUAAUACUGUCGACGUUAGGGCCCAACUUUAUUGAAGAAUAUUUUAAUGAAAAUUUUUUAAAUUUACCAAAGAGUUUAACAAUCCCGAACGAACUGAUGGUGUUAUUGACGCUACGAUUAUUAUUAUUAUUACUACGAUUAAAUAAUUGUUUAUUGAAUUGGAAACUUCAUUACAACCAAAAUUCUCAAUAAUGACAUCAUUUAAAGUCCCAUUAGUGAGAAAAGAACCGCUAACGACUAGAAGAAUAACAGUCAAUCCGCAUCUUAAUGGCUCAAUUGUUACGACGAUUAAUAUGCAAAAAGACAUAAUUAUGAACAUUAAGGAUACUAUUUGGGGAUAUAUUUUAACCACUGAAGAAUUCAAUAAAUGCGAAAUGUUAGGAGACAUAAAACUGUGUUACAUCCCAAAUAAAGAGGAAAACUUGAUAAAUAGUGACCUAUGCGUAGCGAAUAUUAUUUAUAAAAAUAAUACGAAUAACGAAGUUUUAAAACUGUUCAAGACCUUUGGUUCUCAACACCAGAUAGAAAUACCUGGAGAUAUGUAACUCCGAAAAUAAUACCAUUAAAUAUUUCACAUGGAAGCAACACUACAUUGAUCAAUGUGAUUGGAACAGGCGAAAUUAAACUGCUUCCAAAUAUGAGUCUCGAAACUGAAAACGUCAAAUUAACUUAUUUCGAUGCAAUUCUAAGCUCAAAAACAUACACUAAAUCUGACAACCAUUUAAAUUUUACCAAUGUAACAAUGGAAGAUUGGAAAAUAGACAGGCUUCCUUUAUUUAACACAUCAGAUAAGGUAUAUUCAUUCAUGAAUAAGAAACAACUAUUUGAUAUAGGAGUAGAAAUAAACCAUCUAAAAAGGCACAAUACACUUCUAGACAACCUGGUGUAUGCACCUUAUGACUAUCCUUGGUGGUUUUCAUCGGGAACACUUUUGGCAAGUAUAGCUGUAUUUGGGAUACUAGCAUGCUGUUAUAAAGGAAAGAUAGUAUGCUGUGAAAGAAAAUAUAAAAUAAAUAAACACAAAAAAAAAUCAAUGCAUAAACUGAAAAUAGUGAAAAAGAAACGUAAAAAUAGAAAGGAAGUUCCUUUCUCGAACAGAAAGAUGAAAAAUUUGACAACAAAUGACAUUAAAGCAACAAGAGAUGAUGAUAAAAUAAAGUUUAUUAAUAAAGAGACCCAAUAUAUUGAGAUGAAUGAGCUUGAUUUAUAUAAAAAAGACCUAGAAGUUAAGAAAAAUAUACACACUAACACGGUCAUCAUUGGGGAACAUCCGAAAAAUAGUAAUAACAAUAUCAGACAGCUCGAUAGUGAACAAAGAAAAUCAAAAAAAAAUUCCAAUAUUUCAAUUGUUUGAGUGAGAUGAAUGAGAGAUAUAAGACAA